CAGAUGGCAGAAUGAUCAUAGCAUAGUAGAAACUUCACUUAUUUAUGUUUUAUAUAUAUAUAUGUGUAUAGUUUUGUGUCUUUACUUAUGUUAAUAGAUAUAUUUUCUUUGAACUAAUUUCUUAAAUUUGUCUUCAUAAAGAAAGAAAUACAUAAUUUAAAACGACAUAAAAGUUUCUACAGAUAAAGUAAUAAAAUGAUAGAAAAUAAUGUAUCUAGUGAAAGUGAUGAAGGAGAAAUAAAAUCAGAUUUUGAAUUGGAUUUUCAAGAUGAACUAUGUAAUUAUCCUCAUGUUUUAAGAUUUAUUCAAAGAAUGCGUGAUCAUAUUAAAAAACGAAAUAAAAAAAUUGCCAAGUUACGAAAUAAACUCAACGAAUAUGAGAGUCAGAAAUUAUUGCAGAAAAAAAAUUUAGUUGACUAUGGAACUCAAACAAAUCCUUUGGAAUAUGAAAAAGAAUCAUAUCUUUCACAAGAUUGGAAUAUAAGUAAUGAUAAAACUUCAACUGAUAUUAUACAACAAGUUAAAGAAGCAGCUGAAUCUGCUUUAUUGCAAACUGGUUUUGUUUAUGAAGAAACUUCUGGUUUAUAUUAUGAUUAUAAUAGUGGAUAUUAUUAUGAUGCAAAACAAGGUUUAUAUUAUGAUGGUAAUACAGGCACAUAUUAUUAUUAUGAUGAAACUAGUGGAACAUAUCAGUUCCAUAGUCAAGCUCUAGUAACUGGGAAUGAAGCAGCUGCUCGUGUGCAAGGCAAGAAGGAGCAAAAGACUAGAAAGGCAAUUAAGGAUGAGGGGAAAAAACGUAAACUUGCGAAAAGAGAAGGACAAUCAGAAGAUGAACUCGAGGAGGGUGAAUGUUCAAGCAAUGAUAGUGACAGCAGUUCUAAUGACAUUACUCCAGAAUUAUGUACUAGUAGUGACAGUGACCAUGAAGAAGAUCAAGAUUUAGCAAAAACUUAUCCACCAUGUAUGAGAAUCAUAGUUAAGGAAACCACUUUACUAAAAUUAAAAGUUGGAAGCCUUUUUCUUGUUGCAUACACGGGUGGUUCAAUUGGUCGAGAAGGUGAUCAUUCUGUUGUUAUUCCUGAUAUAAAUAUCAGUAAACAACAUGCCCGUUUUUUAUAUAAUGAAGAUAAGAAAAUAUAUGAAAUCACUGAUUUGGGAUCAAGAAACGGUACAUUUUUAAAUGGUAAAAGAUUAUCUGUGGCUAAACAAGAAUCUGAUCCUCACGAAGUUUCGCAUGGUUCAAUUGUGCAAGUUGGAACUACAAAAUUAUUGUGUCACAUUCACAAUGGAAAUGAAACUUGUGGUCAUUGUGAGCCAGGACUUGUUCAACAAAAUAGUAAUGCAGAAGAAAACAAAUCUUCUAAAAAACAGCAACAUAAACAAGAAUUACGGCGGCUGAAACAUAAAUUUGGUGUAGAAAAAGAUAAUGUUGCAACUGCUAGUCAAGUAGCAUCAGGAUAUCAAGAUCGAGCGCAAAGUCGUAGAAAAUGCGUUGGUUCUUUAAAUCAUCAUGCAAAAACACAACAAAGUUCAAUGGACAUUUCUAUUGCAAAGGACAACAGGGGAUUUAAACUUCUAUCAAAAAUGGGCUGGUCUGAGGGACAAUCAUUAGGAAAAGAAAGAGAUGGUCCAAUUGAACCGGCAAAGCGUUAAAAACUGCUGCUAGUAUUAUCGUUGCUCAUUCCCUUAUACGCUUUCUCCGUUCCUCUACUCUGCCUCCACACUAUCGAAUCACUAUGAUCACCCUCUGACUGAUCCAUCCGAUACUUUGCCGAUACACACGUAUGCAUAUACGUGUCUAUCCAUGGACACGGUACAUAUGUUUGCAAAAGCCAGACAGCAAGCUGGUUCUGGUAGUGCUGCUUACUCGUCCGGCCGCAUCGCAUUUCGACAGCAACGAAACGAGCGCCGACGGCACGACCAGAGCAUUCGUAUGAUAACGAGCGUAACUCUGCGAGACAUGAAACGGAAUAGUAGAGGGGAUCUUUGCAGAGACGAAAACGGGAGCAGCAGAGAGGGAGAGGGUACGACAGAAGAGGUGUCCCUGGGUAAUGAAUGCAAAUGUAUUGAAAUCCAAAUCAUUAUUUUGUCUAGACGCAUCGUAUGCUCUAUUGCACGCUCUCUGAGCUUAAGGAAGGGAGAUGGCGUGUUGCUCCACUCUUGUGGGGGUGGAUCGAGGGAGAAAGGAAACAUAGACUGAGCGAGAGAAUGUUGUUUUCUCUCGUCUCUGUAUACCUUGACGCGUACCUCUGCUAAAUUUGCCUGUAAACUUUAUCUUUCUUGGCAAAUUACGGUAAAUUUAUCUGUGACGAUCUCCACACUCCUCGCAUUGUAAUCCGUUGUUUUCGGGGAUAAUGAUUCUCUUUCGAUACUUUUUUUCUCGUAAAACGAUUUCUGUCAUCGCCGUAUAAUUAUGAUUCAUGAUAGAUAGACGAGAAACGAGGUUAAAUAGUUCUUUUUUACUGAUUGUGAAAUAUUUAAUAUACUUUCGUGUAAGGAAACAAUUAUAUGGAUAAUAAAUAUAUGUUUUACGAAUAUUUGUAAUGCGGACAAAAAAAUCGAUUUGAAAUACGGUAUAGUUUUUUUAUUCUUUUUCAUUUCGAAGAGAAUACGUACAAUUUCAGGCGAAUACGAAGAUGUAAUCAUAUGAUUAAAGAUACAUUAUGAUUACAUGAUUUUAAGUCAGAAAUAUGAUGUACGACUUAAUAAUUUCAUACGGUAAUUUUCGUUUUACAUUUUGAUACGUAUUUAAUAAACUGGUUUCUUAUGAACAAUUUUAGAUUCAUCAGAAAUAUCAUAUACUUUACACAUUUGUAAAUAUAAAAUAAUAAAAUUUAAUUAUUAAAAUAUUUCUUAAUAAAUUAAUAAUAAAUUACAAAAUUUAAUUGCAUAUUAUAUUUUUACCAAAUAUAAUAAAACACACUCGAAUUUGUCGAUCAAUUGUCAAUUUAAGUACGUGAGAGAAAUAAUUUAAAUCUUCGAUGAGUUAAUCAAUGUUACACCAUAUGCUAUGUGUAUUAUUUCAUUACAUAUAUUGUAUCAAAUAUUUUUGGGAGUAACUAUACCUAUUUCUGCCGUUUCUCUUCAAUCUGUAUGACCUACAUCGUAAACUAGAAACAUAUUCUCGGUCGUACAACGGGGGGUGAAAAUGUAGGAGAAGGAAGAUGGAAGAGAGACGGAUGACGAGGGGUAAAUCCGCAUGUUCGCUUCUGAGAGUUCGUAAACCAGACAUUGUAAAGCUCUCGAAUGGCGAUUGCCACUAAACCACGAGCAUACGAUAAAGUAUAAAAUUGUCGCAUGCUAUGAAAGUGCCGUUAACAGGUGUAGGUGAGUGCGUGUCCUAUCUAACCGAAUGAAAUCUUGGAAGAUUCGUUUAUUUGAGUGCUUUCCAAUGCAAUGAAAACUUUUUAUUAUUGACUCUUUUCGGACAGAGAAAGAAAAAUUGGAUUUUUAAAAGAUGCUCGAUAUAACAAGUAGAUGCGAAAAUUAAAAUUUGGAACCUUGAAAUUGAAUCUUUCUGUAUUAUGUAUCUUUGGAAUUGAAAUAUUCUUUUGAAGCUUUGAUAAUUUUGUGUUAUUUAUGUCAAUAUAUAGGUGCAACGAGUAGUUAAAUAUUUAAGAAAA